GCCUCUCAGCGGGAGCGCAUCGGGGUACGUUGUGGGCAGCGGGGGGUCCCGGGCGGGCGGCAGCCCCCCGAGCGGCAGCGAUGAGCGGCUCCUUCGACAAGAAGCUCUCCAGCAUCCUCACCGACCUGUCGGGCUCGCUGAGCUGCCAUGCCUCCUCCAAGGACUCCCCGACGCUGCCCGAGUCCUCCGUCACCGACCUGGGCUAUUACAGCGGCCAGCACGACUACUACCCGGGCCAGUCCUACGGGCAGCCCGUCGCCCACUACCCCUACCCCCAAUUCAACCUCAACGCCAUCGGUGCCGGCGGAACCUAUUCCCCCAAAUCCGACUAUUCCUACAGCCCGUCCUACCGUCAGUACGGCCACUUCAGGGACCAGCAGCUCCCGGCGCAGGACGCAGUGUCGGUGAAGGAAGAGCCGGAGCCCGAAGUGCGGAUGGUCAACGGGAAACCCAAGAAGAUCCGCAAACCCCGCACCAUCUACUCCAGUUACCAACUGGCCGCCCUGCAGCGCCGCUUCCAGAAAGCCCAAUACCUGGCGCUGCCCGAACGCGCCGAGCUGGCGGCACAGCUGGGGCUCACCCAGACCCAGGUGAAGAUCUGGUUCCAGAACCGCCGCUCCAAGUUCAAGAAGCUCUACAAGAACGGCGAGGUGCCGUUGGAGCACAGCCCCAACAACAGCGAUUCCAUGGCCUGCAACUCCCCACCGUCGCCCGCCGUUUGGGACAGUGCCACUCACGGCGGCGCGCCGGGACGGACCCCCCUCCCGCAGCCACUGCCCUACAGCCCCUCGCCCGCCUUCCUGGAGGAGCACAGCCCCUGGUACCACCCGCAGAGCCUCGCCGCCCCCCACCAGCCGCCCGCCGCCAUGCACCACACCUCGCCGGGGCCGCCCCCCAACCCGGGCGCCGUUUACUAACCGUGGGGGCAGAGACAGUGCGGAACUCCUUCUCUCUUCCCUUUCUCCCCCCUCAGCCCCCCCCCAUCCCCGCCCCCUCAGCCCCCCAAUGAUGAUUAUUUUUUAAAGUGUUCCAGGACACGCGCCCCUAUGUACCCACCUCUAUAUCCUCUCCUCUCCCAGCUCAUCUCAGGAACAACGGGACUGCAAAGGGUUGAACUCGUGAGCUCUGCGCCCAGGGGACACCACCGCUGC